AUGAAGUAUCUCACCCUUCUCCUCGCCGCCGUCGGGCUGGCCUCUACUACCGCAAUCCCCGUCAUCGAGGAACGCGACGUUCAGACUGUUUCUAUCAAGUUCAAGGGUGGUCCGGCGGAGUAUUCCUUGACCUUGCCUGCUGAUGGUUCGGAGGUUUUCACCAACAACGUCCUCUCCAUCUCCAUCAUCGAAUCGUCUUACUACAUCUCUGGCUUCUGCACUUUCUACACCGACGGCGAGAAGGCCCUGCAGCAGGGUAUCUCCUCUGGAGGCCUGAACCAGCUGUUUGUCGGCCCGCCGCAGCCGAUCAAGAGUGUGAGGUGCCAGGGCUUCUGCUUGCCUGUGUAUGGAGACUGCUAUCGCAAUGGGCAGUAUGUGGGACCUUGCUGCAAUGGAUUCUGUGCUGCGAAUAAGUGCAGACCCUGGGUCAACCCUUAUACUGGGAAUUAGAGGCCGGGGUGAUUUUGGGUGUGGAAGGGGUUGAUGAAUGAUGAUUUCAUAUAAUGCGGAUGCAAUAUUUGGAGGGGUUGUGGAUUUCCUUUGAGGAUACUAUGGAACGGGUCAUUAAGAUGGGAAUGGGCUUGGAUAUCACGAAUAUACGCUCAUUAAGGAUCAGGGGUUACGCUACCUAGUUUUACAAAUGUGAGGAAUUAAUCUUCAACCACGAGGCAAAGCUUCUAUGCUACCUUGCCUUCAUCGACUCCAAACCAUGCCAAAUCCUA